UCACCGAAAUCCCUCUCACGGAUCCGCGCACUAGUCCCCCAACCCCAACACCACGUAUAUAUAAAUACAAACAAAAUCUCCCUCGCAUUCCACCAGUACAGAAAACGCAGUUCUCACCAUUUCCCUCUCGAUUGUGAGACUUGUAGUUGUUAACUGAACUUUUCUGAGCAAGAAUGUCUGGGCGUGGAAAGGGAGGCAAGGGUUUGGGAAAGGGAGGAGCGAAACGACACCGUAAGGUGUUGCGCGAUAACAUUCAGGGAAUCACUAAGCCCGCGAUUCGGCGUUUGGCUCGUAGGGGUGGCGUGAAGCGUAUCAGUGGUCUCAUCUACGAAGAGACACGUGGCGUGCUCAAGAUCUUUUUGGAGAACGUGAUUCGUGACGCCGUUACCUACACUGAGCAUGCUAGGAGAAAGACCGUUACGGCAAUGGACGUGGUUUAUGCUCUCAAGAGACAGGGAAGGACCCUCUACGGAUUUGGGGGCUAGGUUUUUUAUUUUAUUGUUAGGUUCUUUUGUUUUGGAGGCUAAUGUGGAUUUGAGAAACCCUUGCUGUUAGGGAUAUAGUAAAAAGAAAUGGCAAGGAUUGGGUGUGGGAAGUUGCCGGUGGUGUUGCAGUAACUUGUAAUGCAGUCUUUAGCUGUUAUUGCUGGCAAGUUUGUAAUUGAAUCACUAUAUGUUGCUAAUGUUAGAAUCUUGGUAUUAGUAUUAUUUUCGCGUUUGGUUAUUCGUUACCUGAAAUUGUGUUCUGGACUUGUGGGUAAUGAGCUAGUGGAUUGUUGUUUA